UGUGACUGACAUCGCGCGAUAUCAGGACGAACGAGAUUUCACGCCUCCCUUUCCCCCGGAACUUUCGGCAAGAUGGCGGAUGCAGAGAUCAAGAAGAAGCGUACAUUCAGGAAAUUCACCUACAGGGGUGUUGAUCUGGAUCAGCUUCUGGACAUGUCCUAUGAGCAGCUGAUGCAGCUGUACUGCGCCCGCCAGCGAAGGAGGCUGAACCGUGGCUUGCGCCGUAAGCAGCAGUCCCUCCUGAAGCGUCUGCGCAAGGCCAAGAAGGAAGCUCCACCCAUGGAGAAGCCAGAGGUGGUGAAGACCCAUCUGAGAGACAUGGUCAUCCUGCCCGAGAUGGUCGGCUCCAUGGUUGGUGUCUACAACGGAAAGACCUUCAACCAGGUUGAAAUCAAGCCUGAGAUGUGUGGCCACUACUUGGGUGAGUUCUCCAUCACCUACAAGCCAGUUAAGCACGGUCGUCCCGGUAUUGGAGCCACACACUCUUCCCGUUUCAUCCCUCUGAAGUAAAAUGGCUGUACACUUUGUAUAAAUAAAAACAAAAAUGGGUACUCCAUAAAACUUGA